CACGUUUAGGUUCAGAUGCGAGUGCACAUACCCUUUUGCGCAAUAUGGUUUUUAAAUUCAAAUUGUACAUAAACAAAAAUGUCUAGGUUAAAGUCGGAUAUGCACAAUUUACUUACGGAAACCGUGCUAAACGCUUUAUUUGCGAAUAAUAUUUACACGGUCCUCGACUUCCUACAGACUGAAAUUAAACGCAUUGGCACCAUUACCGCCUUGCAUUACAAAGAUGUUGUAGCCGUCCGCAAGCACCUGGUUAACAAACAUUCGGCGGUGGUCCACACAGCACUUGACCUAUGGAACGAGCUCAUGGCGAAGACGGCCCAGAUACCUACGAGAAUCAAAGGGGUAGAUGGUAUCCUGCAAGGGGGAUUGACAACCGGCAACAUUUAUGAAGUGUGCGGACUACCGUCAUCUGGAAAGACACAGCUCUGCUUAACGCUAAUGAAAAAUGUCGUCUCUUACUCAAACCUGAAUGUGUUUUGGAUCGACACAAAGGGAGACUUUGCGGCUAAACGAAUCAAAGCAAUGUUAGAUGCUAGUAAAGCCGACGUGGAGCUCAUGUCAAAAAUGCUAGUCAAACGACUACACACCCAACACGAGCUGAUAAACACCCUCUACCAAAUUAAAGAGGACGUUUACAUUCGCCGCCUUAAACUGCGUUUAAUAAUAAUCGACUCACUGCCUCCCUUAUUUUACCAAUCGCGUGACUUUGAGAGAAACUACGGGGUAAUGAAUGACUUUGUUAAUAUCCUCCAUUUUCUCACACGAGAAUUACACAUAGCGAUUGUUGUAACCAAUGUCAUUACAACUUGGUACGAGGGCGAUUUUCAUGUUGAAAAUAGUGCGACUGAGAAACUGGGGCUGGGGAAAUAUUGGCUGCAAAUUGCGAACACACGACUGGUAAUUAAAAAAAGAGCAAACUCCGAGUGUACAGUGCAAGUGAUGAAAAGUAAUCGACUUCCUAAAGGUGCCAGUUGUAAGUUAUGGAUUCGCGACGAAGGAAUUGUGUAAUAAUAUGUGAUGCUUUAUUUACUUUUUAUUAAUUAAAAUUGUACUGCUCUGUUUGUGAUAGUUCUUCAUAAUCUUUUUGCCAGGAACCAAUCCUUGGGUCAAUCCUGGCCGUUUCUUAGACCGACUGGUACUAGUACGAUCUGUUUCCGAGUGACACAAGACUGCUUGUUGAACUUCGCCUGUUUUCUGCACAUCCGAAUCGUGAGCGUAAAUACAGUUGUGGCCAAAUCGACACUUGCCCUUCCGAUAAUUCCAACAGACCUUCUUGCCGUUAAUGCUACGCACGUUCUCCUGAGUGCUGACCAUCUUGACGUGCUUCUCGAGAAUUGCUCGCUUCUCUUCUUCGGCUUGUUUGAACGGAUUGCUAAAUACGGAAGUCUGCGAAGAGUUUGCCUCGACAAAGUCGGGCGCGGGCAAUUUCGGUGCGGCUUCUUUUAGAUCGGUCGAUUCUGGAGGGCUAAAACAUAUGACAGCUCACCGACUUUUUGUUGUAGUGUAAAUUUAUAAAGUGCUAGCAAACUUUUGGUGUGAAUUGCAAAGUACAAGGCGUUAAGUACGCUCUUACAUUACCUGUCGUUUACUACGGAGGAAUCUGAAUCGCUCUCUUCGUCUGUGGCGGACGAAUCUCCAUAAUCGGC